AUGUCGUCUAAUUAUGCCUGGACAACGAUUCCUCUCGGCGAUGCGUUGGAGUCCUUCGUCCGGACGCUACCCGCCGAGAAGCAAGACGAGCUCGAACGACCGGAUCAGUGGGACAAAUUGCUCGCAAUUCUUUCCGAGGCCCAGAUCAACUCCUUUCGAGUUCUCUUGCUGUGGAAGUCAAAGCUUUUCGCCGGACCUGGCGCUUCCGCCACUGUAGGCAGUGAUGACUCGCUACCGGGAAACGGGCAUCCUCGAUUUCUGGAGGACGCGCUUAUCGUCUUCAAAGACCAGCGUAAAUGCCGUCCGGACUUUGAUCAAUACGGGGGCUUGCUUUAUGGUGACGAAGUGGACUAUUCAGACCGGGAAUCCAUCGUAACCGACGACUUUGGACCGACAAAUAGUUUUGACGAGGUAAUGACCAGCUUGGAAUACGGCGAGACCAAACCAGGUGCGCUCGACAACGGCGAUAACAACGCUACUGCGCUUCAUAGCAUGAGAGACAUGGCGGCAGCCGCGCUAUCGUAUCGUAUAUUUUUGACUGGUUGCAUCGCCUCCUGCAACAUCGCCCAAUUCGAGAACCACUAUCCGCACCACGGUUAUCUCGCGCUGGAGAAGCUUAUUCAAAAAGAGGUUGGCUUCGCCGAGGUCGGUUGGAUGGUGAAAGGUGCCGCAGUGGAUAUGCAUCCCCGAGUUCCGUGGCCCGUCCCCGAAAACACGAAAUUUGACAUCCGGGCCCUCCCGGAUGGGCUCCGACUUCUCUGCCGGCGUUGCAAAUGUCGAUAUGCGUGGGUUGACCUAUUCUGCAUCCCGCAAGACAGGUCGCAGCGUUCACAGAUAGAAAUCGCGAGACAGGCGGCCAUCUUCGGAGGCGCUGCUGUCGCCGUUACCUGGCAGAAUGACACGGAAAGCUGGACGAUGGCUCAGCUCUCCAUCCGUUGGAUGGUCCUCGCGAGGUUGCGAAAGACCCAAGACCUCCCGCUAUACACCCCGGGAGACCUGGAUAGUGUAUAUCUGUCAAUAGCUAAGGAGCUGUCCACCGUAACUGAGCGUCUGAAUUCGAUGCAUAUCCCGGAUUUCUUGGAGUACCGAAAGGGGAUCAAAUCCGAGGCGAUACCAGAGGCUAUCAAUACGAACUGGUUCACCUCCUUGUGGACGCUCCAGGAGGCAUUUAUGCGAACGGACAUGGUCUUCGUCAAUAGGAAUUGGGAAGUGCUCACCGUUGACGACCGCCUCCCUGUGUCCUUGGAUGCGCUGGUGAGCCUGGCGAGCUCCUGCAUGUCCAUCGAUUCAUGCCCGGCGCCGGUCGCGUGGCUAAUCGACCUUUUGAUGGACACCAACAUGAUAGCCUUCAAACGUCAACAUCCUAUCAGCAUCCUCAGUACUGCAUGCGCCCGACAUUGCCAGGAUAGUAGAACGGAGGCGAUCAUUAGACCCGGUGAGGAGCAGUCGCUCGUCCUCGGUCGAUAUGCGUACGGAUUCCUAGAAGAGAUUAGGGGUAAAGAAGGGUUCCUCUUCUUCAGCUCCCAGUACGCGAGCUUUAACGAAUUCCAAUUCGCCCAGGACGAACAGAGACCUAUGGGCACAAUUUUGCUAUUCUCGAGGAAGAAGGAGUGGGUAUACAUGGACACAAAAUUCUUCUACAAGGCGUACGUAUUUGUCACGCAGAAACCGCACCCUUCGGUGAAGACGUGGACGCUUCAACCGGACGGUAGUGUUAGGAUUCCCGGCGCGGGGAUCAUAUAUGCCACCUCGGCUAGACCCGGCGGCAGUGGCCAAGAGGUCGGGGAGGAGCGCGGGGGCGCGGUAGACUCGAGAAACAGCUUCGACGCCGUCGCCGACCUCGAGGUCGACUUCGUCGGGCCGGAAGCCGGGGGGCCGAUAGACCUAACCGAAUUCAAGACGCCGUUGCGGUCUUGGAUGGGCCGGGCGUUUACAGACAGCCUCAAGUACGCCGUCUACAUCUCGGCCGGCGUGGAUCUGCAGGGGUUCGUACUGAAGGAAAUCAACGUCCCUGCGAGGACAUCCAGGCCUAACGAGCGGAUCCUGGCAAAAAUCGCGGAUUUCGAUUUUCCCCUGAGGCGUGGCGCCGACGCCCGAAUCGAAGUGGGCUGCCCUCCGACCACGCCGGUGGACUGGAUCGUGUACUAA